AUGGCCACUGCAAGCUCCCCACCAUCAUCCACUGUCUUCCCCCGGAGCCAUGUCGGUUUCGAUAGCAUUACUUCCCAGAUUGAACGGAAGCUGCUGAAGCGUGGCUUUCAGUUCAAUGUUAUGUGUGUCGGUCAGACUGGUCUCGGAAAAUCAACCUUGAUCAACACCAUCUUCGCUUCGCAUCUGAUCGACUCCAAGGGUCGUCUGACUCCCAACGAACCUGUUCGCUCGACUACAGAGAUUCAGACCGUCUCCCAUAUCAUCGAGGAAAAUGGCGUCCGUCUUCGGCUCAACAUUGUUGACACACCCGGCUACGGUGACCAGGUCAACAACGACAGAUGCUGGGACCCAAUUGUGAAAUACAUCAAGGACCAGCACUCCGCAUACCUCCGCAAGGAACUUACUGCCCAGCGUGACCGCUACAUCCAAGAUACCCGAAUUCACUGCUGCCUCUUCUUCAUUCAGCCAUCCGGCCAUGCCCUCAAACCCAUCGAUAUCGUUGUCCUGAAGAAGCUGUCCGACGUCGUCAAUGUCGUACCUGUCAUCGCCAAGGCCGAUUCUCUUACCCUGGAAGAGCGCCAGGCGUUCAAGGAGCGAAUCAAGGAGGAGUUUGCCUUCCACAACCUGAAGAUGUACCCCUACGAUAACGAUGAGCUUGAUGAUGAGGAGCGUGCUGUGAAUGCCCGCAUCAAGGACAUCAUCCCUUUCGCAGUUGUCGGAAGCGAGAAGACGAUUGUUGUGAAUGGCCAGCCUGUUCGCGGACGUCAGAACCGCUGGGGUGUUAUCAAUGUGGAGGAUGAGAGCCACUGCGAAUUUGUCUCCCUACGGAAUUUCCUCACCCGCACUCAUCUCCAGGACCUCAUUGAAACGACAAGCCAGAUUCACUACGAGACUUUCCGCGCCAAGCAGCUUCUGGCGUUGAAGGAGAGCAGCGCUGCCGGUGGCCACACCGGUGGCAGCCGUCCCAUCAGCCCUUCCGCGGACCGGGAAUUGAGCCGCAACUCGCAGCGAAUGACUAUGAACGGCUACUGA